AUGUUGUCUCCGGACCAGGUGCCCGAAUGCGUCUUUGCCCUGGAAGAAUACAUGCUUCUCCAGGAACAACACGAGGAGCUCUCCACCCACCUCCAGCAAAUACGUCCCCGCCAGUCCUCGGUCAGCAGCAUCUCCACCCGCUCCUCGAGCUCCUCGUCUUCCUACAGCCCACCAUCGCCCAACCUGCCGUCCCGCACCAGCGGGCGGCACCACACAAGGCCAAGGGCGCGCUGCAGCGGGUGGCGGAAACCUGUAUGCGGCCCCGUCGCCCUCGAUACCAUUAUCGACGAGGAGACGCUGCACGAGAUCUCGGCCGAGGAGCAGCGCCUGUUCGCCCUCAACGAGAGCAUCAAGCGCGCCCUGACGGAGCUCCUCAACACCGACACGGUCCGCGGCGACAACUCAAUGCGCAUGUGGGCCCAGGCCCGCCUGAUGGAAACGGAAAAAGAACUCCGGUCCGGACGUCGGAGACGGGGCUGUCCCGGGGCUGAGUGGUGA